UCGAGGGGCGGGGCCUCCGCGGAGCAUGGCGUGGCCGGGCUGCCUGUCCCGGCUGCGGGUGCUGGUGGCCGCCUGCUGCGGGCUGGGGGCCGCCUCCCUCGCCCGCUGCCGGCCGGCGCGCCGCCUCCGCCGCUGCCUCGCCAAGGUGCUCAUGGCCCUGGCCGGGCCCCUGGUCUUCCGCCUCGGGUACAGCCUGUACGCCCGCACCAGGCUGGGCUACCUGUUCUACAGGCGGCAGAUGAAGAAAGCCCGGGAGCGGUAUCCACAUGGCCACUCGAUUCCCCAGCCUGUGAUGUUCAGCGGGGUAAAGAUCCUGCCGAUCCCUGUGUUAUCCAACAACUACAGCUACCUGGUCAUCGACACCCGCUCCAACACUGCUGCUGCCAUCGACCCCUCAGACCCACUGGCCGUGCAGGCAGCCAUUGAGAAGGAGGGGGUGACGCUGGAGGCCAUCCUGUGCACCCACAAACACUGGGAUCACAGCGGGGGGAACAUGGCGCUGAGACGGCGUUACGGCUCCUGCAGGGUGUACGGCAGUGCCUGCGAUGCCAUCCCUGAGCUCACCAACCCCCUCUCGGAUAAGGAGACCGUCACCGUGGGACAGCUGCGCUUCAAGGCUCUCUUAACCCCGGGGCACACCGUGGGGCACAUGGUCUACGUGCUGGACGGGAAGCCCUUCGAGGGGCCGGCCUGCCUCUUCUCUGGAGACCUCCUCUUCCUCUCGGGCUGCGGGCGGAUAUUCGAGGGGACGCCGGAAACCAUGCUGACCUCUCUGGACACAGCUGUGGACCUGGCAGAGGACACGCUGCUCUGGCCAGGACACGAAUAUGCCCUGGACUGCCUGAUGUUUGCCAGCCUGCUGGAGCUGGAGAACCCCGUGCUGGAGCAGAAGUUGCAGUGGGUGAAUCAGCAGCGGCUGGAGAAGAGGAGCACGUGCCCCUCCACCAUCGGCGAGGAGAAGGAAUACAACCCGUUCCUGCGGACCCACUGCCGAGAGCUGCACCGGGCCCUGGGGCUGCAACGGCUGAGUGGCGAGGACUGGGACAGCUUCCGGGCACGGGUGCUGAAGGAGGUGCGGCGCCGCAAGGACCUCUACAAAGCCAACUAGCCCCCUGGCAGGGCGCGGGAGGGCUCUGCCCCAUGAGCAGCCUCCCAAAGGCGGGUGACCUUCCCUGUUGGGGUGGGGAGUGUCUGGCUGGGGAAGGGUCUCACCCCCUCAUGGCGAUGGGGUGGAUUAGUGAGCUGGGAACACCUCUUCCCUGUGGAUGCAGACGGGUUCAGCUGGCAUCCCCUCCACCCUGGUCCGCCCUGCUGUCUCAAGAGGGGUCGUCUCCAGACAAAGUGGAUCCUUGCCGGUGGAAAGAAGAAUGGGGGGCGGGUGGUAAAAUCCAGGAUGACACCCCCCCCCCACAAAUCCAUCCCCAGGAGACGUCUGACUCCACAUGGCGCCAGCGUGCUGCUGACCUUUGAUUGCCGCUGGCUGCUGGGGAUGAAUAGCUAGGGGGCAGGAGUGGGGCGUUGGCAAGGGUGCCUGGGAAAGCUUUUCCAGGGAGCAGGGCUGUGACUUUGUUUCUCUGGGGGACUGGGCGUUAGCUGGUGGAAGUGCAGGCCCAGGGGUUAGCCUGUGAAGUGCACGUUGUCUCUUCCGUACAGGCUCGCAGCCUGUAGGAAAUGCAGAUCCCUUUCGCAAUGCCCGGUCCUGAGCCAAGCUGGGCACCCCAGCCUGUGGGGAGCGGUGCUGCCCGAGGCGGCAUCGGGGACAGCGCCGCGACUGGUCUGUCGGUUAUUUCCUCUGUGUCCUAUCCCAGCCGGCCUAUUUUUGGGGCACUGCU